CAACGCAAUACGUGCUGAGUCGAUGUGGGAUUUUGGGCCACUGCGCUUUCGCAAAAUGCACUUUGCUACGACAACUCGCCAAACCUUCCUUACUUGGUAUAAACGCGCUUGAGAACCCCUACAAACCCGGGCUUUUCCUUGCCGUCCUUUCCCAAGACUAGCUCUACAGAAUCCAAAGCACCGUCAAAUCCGGACCAUCACAGAGUGGUUCUCCAAUAUCCUCCGCCCGAGAUUCGCAAAUAUGGCUGCGCUAAAAGACCCCCUCAUCUGGAUCGACUGCGAGAUGACCGGGCUGGAUCCCGAGUCAGAGGAGAUCAUCGAAAUCUUCUGCCUGAUCACCGACGGCGAGCUCAACCUUGCCGACGAGGAGGGCUGGGGUGCCGCUGUCCACCUCCCCAAGGAGCGGAUGGACCAGAUGGGCGAGUGGUGCACGCGCACGCACGCCCAGACGGGGCUGACGGAGCGGGUGCUCGCCUCCGAGGUGACGCCCGAGAGGGCCGCCGAGGACCUGCUGGCCUACAUCCGCAAGCACGUGCCCGAGCCCGGCGUCGCCCAGCUGGCCGGCAACAGCGUGCACCACGACCGCGCCUUCCUGCGCAGGGGCCCCUACGCGCGCGUCGUCGAGCACCUGCACUACCGCAUCCUCGACGUCAGCUCCAUCAAGGAGGCCGCCCGCCGCUGGAGCCCGAGGAUCGCGAAGAAGGCGCCCAGCAAGAAGUCGGUGCACACCGCCCGCGCUGACAUCCUGGAGAGCAUCCGGGAGGCGAAGCACUACCGGGACUUGUUGUUCAUCCCGGCGGCGGCGGCCAUGGCCAAUAAUAAAAAGACCAAGUCCUGAAUAAAAGAGGAGGGUGGGUACACAGUAUUCUAAAGGGUGGUCGAGGUGGCGGUUGCUCUGGACUCCGCUUUUGGCUAGACCGCCAGAAGUACAACCUGGUGUCCUUCUCGUCUACCCUUGGUUUUAUUUUUAUUCCCUCAGCAACUCUCGUCUGCAACCCCCGCUGCAGUGCAGGAGCCGGCUUGUCGUACCGAGUUCUUCUGGAGUAGGCUUUCGACCCGGUUUUCUACGAACCGCAAAGCCCAACUGUUUUGGGUGGCGAGAGGCACUAUCGCCUUUGACACCUCACGGUACUUGAGUAGGUACCUAGGUAGGUAGGCAGGCACUUAUCUCAAAAAAGCCGGACGUAAGGAUUGGGCAGAAUCUCCGGGCAGCGCGGGAUUUGUUUACGCGCAGGAUCAAAGUCAGUUGCAAGCGCAGGCGGCCCCAUGGUGUCGUUGGGCGUCACUUGGAGGUCCAUUGCCGAAGCUCUCACCACCAACCAGACCCCUAAAAUUGAUGUGAUGGUUGGAUGGCUGGCUGGACCUCCUUGCAAGUCUCCAGCUCAGGUUGUACCCGCUUGCAUUGCCCACCCGCUUGGGUUGUCAAGCCCCCGCGGCAGCUUCGACCCCACCUCAACCAAAAGCAAGCAUGAGGUCACCGUCUGCC